AUCAUCUGAUGCCAUCAAACUGUCUGUGUAAUUUAAUCAGUCUCUUAAAUCAGCAUUGUCAGUUACAGAGAUGCCUUGAGACAGAUGAUUGGAAGCGGGUAUAGAUCUGAGCAGUCGUUACAGUCUGAUAUAUGGGAUUGAGAGCACAGUGGAUCUGUGUUUGUGUACCUCCUCCUCUUUUUGAGUGCAUGAUUGUACCUGCAUUAGUUAUCAGCUGAUCGUCGUGUGUUGCCACCCAUUCAUGUCAAGAUGACUAAGUUUGGAUUUUUGCGAUUGUCCUAUGAGAAGCAGGACACACUUCUGAAGCUUCUCAUUCUGUCAAUGGCUGCUGUAUUAUCCUUCUCCACUCGUCUGUUUGCUGUCCUGAGAUUUGAAAGUGUUAUCCAUGAGUUUGAUCCGUACUUUAAUUAUCGGACUACCAGGUUCCUGGCUGAGGAGGGGUUUUAUAAAUUCCAUAACUGGUUUGAUGACCGAGCCUGGUACCCUUUGGGACGAAUCAUUGGAGGAACAAUUUACCCAGGUUUAAUGAUCACCUCUGCUGCAAUCUACCAUGUACUCCAUUUUUUCCACAUCACCAUCGACAUUCGGAAUGUCUGUGUAUUCCUGGCCCCUCUCUUCUCCUCCUUCACCACCAUCGUCACGUACCACCUUACCAAAGAGCUCAAGGAUGCAGGGGCUGGGCUUCUUGCUGCUGCCAUGAUUGCUGUAGUUCCUGGAUAUAUCUCCCGAUCUGUGGCUGGCUCCUAUGAUAAUGAAGGGAUUGCCAUCUUUUGCAUGCUACUCACCUACUACAUGUGGAUCAAGGCAGUAAAGACUGGUUCCAUCUGUUGGGCAGCUAAGUGUGCCCUUGCUUAUUUCUAUAUGGUCUCGUCAUGGGGAGGUUAUGUGUUCCUGAUCAACUUAAUUCCUCUCCACGUCCUGGUGCUGAUGCUCACAGGCCGUUUCUCUCACCGGAUCUAUGUGGCCUACUGUACUGUUUACUGCCUGGGCACUAUACUUUCUAUGCAGAUCUCCUUUGUGGGUUUCCAGCCUGUCCUUUCAUCAGAGCACAUGGCAGCCUUUGGGGUCUUUGGUCUCUGCCAGAUCCAUGCCUUUGUGGAUUACCUGCGCAGCAAGUUGAAUCCACAACAAUUUGAAGUUCUUUUCCGGAGCGUCAUCUCUCUGGUAGGCUUUGUCCUUCUCACCGUGGGAGCUCUCCUCAUGCUGACAGGAAAAAUAUCUCCCUGGACGGGGCGUUUCUACUCACUGCUGGAUCCUUCUUAUGCUAAGAACAACAUCCCCAUCAUUGCUUCUGUGUCUGAGCAUCAGCCCACAACCUGGUCCUCAUACUAUUUUGACCUGCAGCUCCUCGUCUUCAUGUUUCCAGUUGGCCUCUAUUACUGCUUUAGCAACCUGUCUGAUGCCCGGAUUUUUAUCAUCAUGUAUGGUGUGACCAGCAUGUACUUUUCAGCUGUAAUGGUGCGUCUAAUGCUAGUGUUGGCACCUGUUAUGUGCAUUCUCUCUGGCAUUGGAGUCUCCCAGGUGCUGUCCACAUACAUGAAGAAUCUGGACAUAAGUCGUCCAGACAAGAAGAGCAAGAAGCAACAGGAUUCCACCUACCCUAUUAAGAAUGAAGUGGCAAGUGGGAUGAUACUGGUCAUGGCUUUCUUUCUCAUCACCUACACCUUUCAUUCAACCUGGGUGACCAGUGAGGCCUACUCUUCUCCGUCCAUUGUACUAUCUGCCCGUGGUGGGGAUGGCAGUAGGAUCAUAUUUGAUGACUUCCGAGAAGCAUAUUAUUGGCUUCGUCACAAUACUCCAGAGGAUGCGAAGGUCAUGUCCUGGUGGGAUUAUGGCUAUCAGAUUACAGCUAUGGCAAACCGAACAAUUUUAGUGGACAAUAACACAUGGAAUAAUACCCAUAUUUCUCGAGUAGGGCAGGCAAUGGCAUCCACAGAGGAAAAAGCCUAUGAGAUCAUGAGGGAGCUCGAUGUCAGCUAUGUGCUGGUCAUUUUUGGAGGCCUCACUGGGUAUUCCUCUGAUGAUAUCAACAAGUUUCUUUGGAUGGUCCGGAUUGGAGGGAGCACAGAUACAGGCAAACAUAUCAAGGAGAAUGACUAUUAUACUCCAACUGGGGAGUUCCGUGUGGACCGUGAAGGUUCUCCAGUGCUGCUCAACUGCCUCAUGUACAAGAUGUGUUACUAUCGCUUUGGACAGGUUUACACAGAAGCCAAGCGUCCUCCAGGCUUUGACCGUGUCCGAAAUGCUGAGAUUGGGAAUAAAGACUUUGAGCUUGAUGUCCUGGAGGAAGCAUAUACCACAGAACAUUGGCUGGUCAGGAUAUACAAGGUAAAGGACCUGGAUAAUCGAGGCUUGUCAAGGACAUAAAUGUCACGUCCAGCUCUGAUAUGCUUCGCACUGAGCACAUCACAUUUAGGACGUUGAAGAUUUUUUUUUUUUUUUUUUUUUUUUUUAAUAUGCAGUUUGUAAGAACAAAACUGGAUGGCAUCAGAAUUGUCUGGAAGUUUUGUCUUGGGCAGUAUGGGGUGGGCCAAAUGAAAUGAUUUUUAUAAUUCUAAACAGGUUACCAAAUGAAAUGUCAUGGCUUUACUUUGGUCAAUUAAAGGGGGGAAUUUUUUUAAAAA